AUGGCCGCCAUCCAGAAUGCCCAGUCUUUUGCCUCAUACCAGGGAGCCACGUCCAACCAGUCCAACAACGAGGUUGAGUGCUGCCGCCGCAGGAGAAGAGUGAACAUCAACAUCAUCAUCGGAGGAUUCAACAAUGGUUGUGGUUGCGGUGGCUUUGAUGGCUUUAACGGCUUUGACUGA